GUCGUGGUACAAUCAGGGCAGAGGAUUUUUCAAGGUCAGGUUGGUUGUGGUACAAACUGGGUUGGUGGCCCUUUGCAAGAGAUACAUCAUCUAGUCUCUAUCUAGCCCAACACCACAAGCCAUGCCCGACGCCCGUUCCCCUCUUUCCCCGAGCCAGGCGUCCCGCCUGCCCCAGCUCGACCAGUCCGCCUCCUCCCACAUGAACCACACCGCAAACACCACUCUCCAGCUCUCCCUCGACAGUGGCGAAACCCCCCUUUUUCCCUUCGAAACCCUCGGCGCGGGCUUGGAUUUCGUGCACAAAAGACUCCAGACGGAAAAUGAGGAAAAGCUCCGGGCGCUCAUCGGCGACCCGUUGACGCAGAAAGUGGACGCUUUGAAGGCGGAAAAUGCGGAUCUGCGAAAAAGGCUGGCGGUUAUGCGGGGCGAGAAGGUGGGCGUGCAGGAGGUUUUUCCAAUGUACGAGAACUUGAUCGAAAGACAAGUGAGAAGAAACUCGGAAAUUACGAAACACUUGAGAGGAACGUCGGACGACAAUUUGAGUGUGAUAAAAGCGGUGGGGCACUUGAGUGACCGGCUGGAUCAAGUUGGUACAAUUGCGAUUUUUGAUUUUGUAUGGCUUUCUGCAUGACAAAACAAACACAAUAGAUACGGAUGGAUGCAUGACUGUUCUUUUCGUUCCAAAUCCGAAUGACAAAAACAAACUUCUCCCGCAGGUAUGGAAGACCGGCGUAUUUUCGACCUGCAGCGCAAGCUGGAGCACACGGAGCGGACCGUCCGUACCUUGGAAAAGGAUCGGUUCCAGCUCCAGAACGACAAAGCAAAUUUAGAGUAUCGGGAGAAGAACCUGCAAAUCGCGAACGAGUUGUUGAAGGGGAAGGCGGACGAUGCAAAUGCGAAGAUGCUCCACUUCAAGGGUCUGUACAACGAAAAACAGAAGGAAAUGAGCAACAUCACACACUCAGUGAAUUACAUCAGUCUCUUGUCGGAAGAGAGGGAGAUCGUGUCUAAGAGAAAAAGCCGUACUACAAUUUGUCUUUUCAUUGUGUUUGCCGUUGCCUUUGUUUCUCAUACGAAUUACGAAAUCCGCUUCCCUUUUGUCAUGCAAAAGUACAUCACAUCAAAACUAAACAGGUAUACCCGAGGGCGGCGAGGACAUGUGGAAGCGGGGUUUUGACAAAAUGCGGGUGGAAUUCAUGCACCUGAUGCGGCUCUACACCAUGCAAAGGAGGAAAUUGGAAUACGCCGAGAAGCAGAAAAUGCUCGCGCAGGUCCGUAACAAGAAGUUAAAGGCCGAUUUGCAGAAGGCGUGGCGGGACAUGUCGGACCCGCACAGAAUCGCAGCGGAACUAGCGGCGGCGACCGCGCCGGUACCGACAGGAGCGGAUCAUCACAUGAACGGGACGACAAAUAAUGGCGGAGCGAGUGGGAGUUCCAGUUCCACCGCGCCGAACGGAGGGAUGCAAAACGGAGCGUCAUCUGCAAAUAAUGGAAAUAACGGUGCGAGCCAAAACGGCGAAGUCCAGUUUCUCCCGCCGGCCUUCCGGAUCCAGGAGGAGACGGACAUCGUCGACGAGUCGUCUGACGUAAAACCCUACGAACUAGUCGGCCCGGGGCUGUUGGCAACCGGGUCGGCCGCGUCGUCCUCGUCUACGAGUCCGUCUACCGGGGAGCUGACGCAGACCGCUUUAUCCGCGAGCUCCUCUUCCAGCCCGCUCGGUCCACCACCGCCAUUUGACGCGAGCGAACAUUUUCCGCUGGGGAACUUUUUCCUCCAGUACCUGCUUUCUUCAAAAGGGGAUUACCCAAACCUAUUUUUGGAGGAUUGCGUCGACGCGGAUAGGAAUAAGUGCGAGAGGCUCGUUAUGCAAUGCAAAUAUGUCUGGGUCUGGAAGAUUGCGAGACUUGUCAUGCAGAUCUUCAAUGAGCCAUGUCAUCUGGAAUGCAGGACCCAGCAUGACAGAUUCCGUGAAAUCCCUAUCAUGCCUAUACUGCAUGAGAAACUUACUCUCACCUUGGUCAAAAGUGCUUAUCUUUUGGCAUUCAUGCAACACUACAGACUUCUGCAUGAUCCAGAAUCAGCAUGACAAGUUGCAGUGUUCCAAACACAGACAUUAUUUGCAUUUGAUACUAGUGUACAAAGAGUUCGUCGCGCUGCAUUUCCGGUCGGUGAAGGUGAAGCAAUUAUUGGAAGCGGGAGCGAAGAUAUCAAACAAAAAAAGUUCGUCACGAUCACUCAUCUUUUCUUCAUGUGCAUUUGUGCAAUACAAAAUUUUCUGUCAUGCGCAAAAAUGCAUCACAGCCAAGGGAUUUCCCUAGUGGUAGUGUUUCUGCAAUUCUUACAUGUAGUGGCGCUAAAAAAAUUUGUAGUGCAAAGCCUGCAAGUUGGUGACUUUGACAAACUUUUUUCUCUCCAUAGAAGUUGCAGGAGGUAACCGACGCAGACCACGCCUUGACCAUGAUUCAGGACAUCGCGAAAUCCUUUCUAUCCGCGGACAGAGUCACGGUCUGGGUGGUGGACGCGGUACUUACUUGAAAUAUGAUGAUUUUAAUUUUAUUCUUUUCAAGGUAGAACAAACCAUUCGAGAUCAAGCUUGAGGCUGCUGCUGCUGCUCACACUCACACACUAUGCAUGACAGAAUAUCUUCGUAUCAAAACAAGAAAAACCCAAAUCAACCAAAAACAGGCUCACGGCCUCUGCUGGACACGAUCCGCCACACAGCAGGGCGAAGCGUUCGAAAUCAAGAUUCCGAUCGACAAGGGGUUGGUCGGCGAAGCAGCGAUGACGGGAAAACCGAUCAACAUCCGAGACGCGUAUCAGGACCCAAGGUUUAACAGGAACAUCGACAAGCAGACAGGGUACUACUGAUAAAUGAUAUAUAAGAUGCUGUGUGUGCGUUUCGAAAUUUUUCGCCAUGUUGGUUCCACUUCUCAACACCAGGAGGCUCGAAAAGUAAGGAAAAAUUCCAGAAACUACAGGACACGCUUGAAUUAUACCUAGUCCAUCGCAGUCCUAGCACGACUCAAAUACGUCGAAAAUAUCAGGUACCGCACCAAAGAGGUCCUUUGCCAGCCGAUCCUAGUCAACAAGCGCGUCGUCGCCGUGCUGCAGGCCAUCAACAAACUGCAUAAAGUGGACCACUCCUCCGGCGAUAAGUCCUUUACGCCCGUCAACGAAGGCUUCAGCAAGGACGACCAGUUUUUCCUCCACGUGAUUGGAGUGCUCGGAAAAUCCACCUUAGACGCUUGUGAAUCGAAGCAGGGCGACUACCUCGCGGUGAGGAGAACGCAAGCACUGCUCGAGGCCUCCCUGGAGUUGCAAUCCGGCCAGGACAGCAACCCGAACGCGGCGUUGUCGCCCCUGGAUUGCAUGCACCGGAUCGGGAAACAUAUGAAGCAGUUAUUUAAGGCGUUGAAUGUGCAGAUUUUCGUGAUCAAGCACAAGGAGUCGAACUACUUGCAGCUCUGCAAGUACGACGUCACGGGGUUGCCGAAAAACCACAAUUUCGACUUGUACCAAAUGUACCGCGAAAGAAGAUCAAAUCCGGAAACCCGGGAGUACCUAUGGCGUUCUCAAACGUUACAUUCUCAACUGUUACAUGAAAUUUGUCAUGCAAGAACCAAGAACGGCAAAAGUGCAAGGGAAAAGAUUGGGCCUUUUGCAUUACAGGUUUGGAGCAGAUUAUAAUGCUUUCUAGCGCGACGAGAAGUUGUCAUGCGGAGAAGGCUUGAUCGUGUGAAGAGCCAGAGCGAUAGUGUUUUUGCAUGACAAAUCAUGUUGUAACAGUUGAGAAUGUAAAAACGCUUGAGAACCCCAUAGUACCUACCGAUGCCGUGGAGUUGCGCCUUCCUGUGUUUCCGCGACGAGUACGUGCACAGCUCGAUUUUGAAGAUAUGACAGUGCACAACCCCCCCUCCCCCUCAUUUGUAUAGCAUGGACGGCAAUACAAGCAUCAGCAAGAGUGCCGGUUUUGCAUGACAAAUUUGCACUGGAUUGUAGAAGUGCUCUUUGGGCUUCCAGGAUUUGUCAUGCAAACAGUGCUACAAGGCAAGAGCUGGAUUUGGGAUUUUGCAUUACAAAUGAAGCGGAGGGGGAGUUGUGCACUCUCAUAGAAGAUCCGGGAGGAGUACAACGACGAGAUUGAUUUGCCUCUGUCCUUCAACAACCGGCAUAUGCAUUGCAAAUAAGUCUGGGUCUGGAAGGUUGGAACUUGUGAUGCUGCAUUUCGAUUCCAAAAAAUAAAAAAUCUGUAUUGCACGACGAGCAGCAAAGGGAACGCAUUUUUUGCUACGCGGAGAGGGCAUUUGUCAUGCGGAAUGGGCAUCAAGAAGCCCUCAAAAACUCUAUGAUGCUAGGGCAUGCAUCUCAGGCAUCAUGGAUCACAUCAUGCAAAACGUGCAUGACAAGUCUCAGAAUCUUCCAGACCCAGACACUUUUGCAUUUGAUACGGCAGCUGACCAAACCAAAUAUCCACACCUUUCCGAUCUUCAAGCGAGUCCGGUCUAACGCCGACGACCAGGACCAGGCGUCGAAAAGAGGCGUGAUGAUCGGUAUUAGUAGUGGUUUUUUGAACUACGUUGACAUCAAGGAAAUUUCUUGUCACGCUACUUCCAAGCCAUUUAAACAGAUUCAAUUAAUUGUCACGCUAAUACAGCAUGUCCUGCUCUGCUCUGCGAUGUAAUACUAAUAUUCGCAAAAAAAAAUCCAGGUGCCAUCCAGUGGAUUUCGAAUGGCGAUGUGUCGGCGUUUGGUGACGACGGUUUGUUUCGCGGUGAAUCCUCCGCAAACCACAUGGGAGUCCUUUGGAAGUAUUCGGACAUCCUCGCUCCUUGCGUCGAGGCCUGGCAGCGGGAACUGGAAGCGAAUCCGGAUGAUACAGGCGUCCCGAAACGACGAAGCACUACGACCAGUGAGGACUCGCAGGGAAAGCGGGAACAGAACUACAUGUUGUUCUUACAGCAGAAGACCCUGCCGAAGCUGUCGUCGCAGCACUAGGUGGUGGAAGUUGACUGUAUAGGGGGCGGCUUGCUGUCACUUCGUGGUGCUGUUUGUAUACUUUUUACUUCUAUUUGCCGCACUCCUCGUCCUCUCGGGCGCUGGCAGUUUUUCUGCUCUGUUUGUAUCCAAGUUUACUUUACUACGCAAAGAUCUAGCUCGACCGUUAUGACAAUAGAAAACUUUUUGCCGUUAGCGUUACUCUUGACAAGCAGUAAACCGUGGUAGUGCUGUUCAAGUGUAGGACAUUGCAGGACUAGCUUUGCUCUUGCCGGUAUUUGUAGAAGAAGUCGAAGAGUUUAUUCGUAAAAUGUACAAUUCGUUCUCUCGCAAAACACCAGACGUAAAUAUCAAUUUCGCAUGUAGACAUUCUCGCAGCUUCGUUCUUUCAAAGUUUUGAUUACACCACGCUAUGAGCUUCGCUUCUGCCAGCUUCGCAUGAUUCGCUUCAAAGUGUAGACAUUAGACAAGCUUUCGAUCAGACGCAAACAUCCUAUAUUCUGACGAGUUUUUGUAUCAUUCUAUCAAGAUCAACCUGAAAAUGCCACUGUUAAAUGUUUUCGAGUUUCGUUCAUCCAGGAGCGCAGUCGCUCACUGGAUUUCUCUUUCGACUUCAACUUGUAUAAUAGACUCCUUUUGGCUUCAUUUAACUCCGCAUUAAUUUUCUCAUCUUCGAGGCUCUGAAAUGCUGAAGUACUUGUUGUCAGCCAGCGAGCCGCCGUGAU